GGGAGGAUCAAGCAUCUGAGGAGGAGAACUGUUGUCCCAAUGUGAGAUUAAAGGUGGAUACUAAUCAUGCACUGGACCUGGAAGAGGCUGAACUAGACUCAGAGGCUGAGCUUAUGAAGAGUAUGGGAUUGCCUCUUCAGUUUGGGGGGCAGUCAGCCCACAGGGACUCUGUGGCAACAGAAAAUUAUAGAAAGAAAAGUAACAUGAAGAUUAUGAAAAAGAAAAAGAAGAAGAAAAAAGAGUUACAGCAAAAACAUGAGGAUAAAAUGGGGCAGGAUUGUGAGGAUCAAGCUUGUGGUGAUGGUAUCCAGUCUGUUUCUGGUGAAUUGGUCCUACCUACGGAGCAGUGUGAGAAGAGCAGCAAACCUCAGGUUGUAAUUGAAGGGAGCUGUGAAGGUUCAGAAAGCCUUGCAAAUGAGGCUUUUCCCAGUGAACUUAAAGAAAAAUGGGAGAAGUACUGGAGCGAGUACGGUGAGGGCCUUCUUUGGCAUAGUUGGUUGGAGAAGCAUCAAGACGGCUCAUCAUCUGAGGUCCCCACAGCCUCUGAACCUUGGAAUAGUCCAGACACGAAGGAGGAGUGGGAACAGCAUUAUAGUGAACUGUACUGGUAUUACUGGGAACAGUUUCAGUACUGGACAAGUCAAGGAUGGACUACUGAGAGCUCAUAUGGUGACAAGGUGGAGGUUAAUAGGGUUAUACAGGAGACUGGUCUUUCAGGAAAAAUGGACUUGGUUAGCCCAGUGCCUGAAUACAGUGAAGUGCUGAGCUUGGAGCUGUCUCCCUCUAACACCAGAAGUGAGGAAACACUCCCUUCAAGUGCUGAGCCCCACAGUGAAAUAGUCUCUGGGAUUUGUAAUUUAAAUCUGAAUUUAGAGGCAGUAGAGCAGAGCAGUUCAGCUUUAACAGUAGCUCACCAAGGUCCUCAAGAGCAUAGUUCAUCUGACAGUGGAAGCCAGAAGGAGCCCUGUGAUGGAGGAACCAGAAAAAGGGGUGCAUCUCAUGAAAAUAAAAAUGUUAACCAGUCAGGUGUGCAGGAGUCAUGUAGCUUGAAUUCAAAUGGAAAAGAGCAGUUGCUGCUUCAUGACCAAGAUGAUGAUGAGGAUGAAGAGCCUCCUGAAUGCAGACAUGCCAAAGUCAAAAGAAGCCAUGAACUGGAUGCAGAUGAAAACCCAGUGGAAGAUCCUGAGGAAACCUGCUCCCUGUUGGGUUUUAAGUGUGGCACAGGACAAAAGUAUGGUGGCAUUCCAGAUUUCACCCACCGAAGUGUUCAGUACGUGGAAAAAAAAGCAAAACUCAAGUCCAAAUUCUUGGAUAUGCGUAAACCAAGGAAAAGCAAAAAUACACACAUCUUCUUUACAGAGGAAUCUGAAGUAAUACGCAAAAAGAGUAAAACUUUGAAGAAG